AUGGACAAGCUCAAGCACACAUUCCACGGCUUGUACAAGCAGGCUGCUGAGAGCGUCAUGGCGCCUCUCGCGGACAGCCGGUUCCACGAGCGAGGGGUUCUGACGCCUGGCGAGUUCGUGCAGGCGGGCGACUACCUGACGCAGGCCUGUCCGACGUGGUCGUGGGAGGCUGGUGAGGAGAAGAAUCGGCGGUCGUUCCUGCCAGGGAAGAAGCAGUUCCUGGUGACCCGAGGUGUGCCGUGCCUGAAGAGGGCGCAGGCGAUACAGGAGAACGUGGCGGAGCGCGAAGUGUCGGAGGGCGGCGAGGACGGCGGGUGGGUCGAGACAUGCGCAGUGGUCAGCGAAGAGAGGGCGGCGGACAUCGACAUCAGCGGCCCGCCUGCUCGCUGCUCUCAAAAAGGAUCGCCUGCUCCCUCGGAGGACGCCCCAGACAUUGACGAUGUACCGGAUAUCGCGGACAUCUCUCUGGAUGAUCCGGGGGCGCAGGGCGUGCUCGUGGCAGCUGCUGCCGCCCCCGCCCAGCCCGGCUCCAACAUCGUGCGCACCCGCACGUACGACUUGUCCAUCACGUACGACAAAUACUACCAGACGCCGAGAUUCUGGCUCACUGGAUACGACGAAGCGGGUCAGGCCCUCCCUCCGAAGGCCGUUUAUGAGGACGUCAGCGCCGAGCACGCGCACAAGACAAUCACGAUCGAGUCUCACCCACACACCGCAGUACAAGCUGCGUCGAUCCACCCCUGCAAACACGCAGACACCAUGAAGCGCCUGUCGGAGGCAGCCGCUGCGGCUGGGAAGGACGUGACGGUCGAGACAUAUUUGGUGCUCUUCUUGAAGUUCAUCGCGUCGAUUUGUCCGACAAUAGAGUACGACUACACGAUGAGUGCAUGA